AAAUUUUUCGCUCUGUUUACUGUUUAUUUUAUCAAAAUAUACAUAUUAUUAUACAUUAAAACAAAAAAAUUAAAUAAAUAAAAUCAAACAAAUUUUUGUCACGUAUAAAGACACAUGAAAAUUCGAUUAUUAUUCUUAUUAUUAUUACAAUUUUUAAUUAUCUUUAUACAAUGUAUUCCAUUCAUCUUUACAGACAAUUUAAAUAAUAAACCUGAUGAAAGCUUAUCAACUUAUUAUUAUGUUGUACGUUCACCAAAAAUAGAAAAACGUACAGAAACAGAAGAUGAAACAUUAGCACAUACUAAAGAAAAGACAAAUGUUGAUACAAAUGUAAAAACUUAUACAAAAACAACAAAUUCAUCUAUGCCAUCUGCUGUUUUAUUAGCGGCAUCAUCAACCUCAUCAACAUCAUCAUCACCUUCAUCAACUUCAUCAUCAACGAAAUCAUCAUCAUCAGCAAAAUCAUCAUCAACUUAUGAUAAUAAUGCAAAAAAUUAUAACAAUGUAAAACCUAAUGUGACUAUAAGUUCAGAAAGUAUAUCUCAGAAUAAAAAUGCAUUGAAAUAUACGAAAUUGAUAAAAAAACGUCGUGAAGUUAAUGAAGUUAUUAAAUAUAUACCAAAAUCAACUUAUAAUCAACAAUCAACUAAAUAUACUAAUCAUGAUAACAAGAAGAUUCCGAAUUAUAAUGUGAAAAAAGUAACAAAUGAUUAUAACAGUGAAUAUGAUGAUAACGGCUAUAAUGAUAAUGAUAAUAACAAUAAUAAUAAUGAGGACAACAACGAUGACUACAAUGAUGACAAUUACAAUAAUAAUAAUAAUAAUAAUAAUAAUAAUAAUAAUAAUAAUGAUAAUAACGACUAUUAUUCAUAUGAUAAUAUUAAAAAUACUAGGAAUUAUAAUGAUGAUCAAAAGUAUGAUGUUAACAAUGAUAAUAAUGAAAAACGAAGCAAUACAUAUUUCAAAAAUAAUAAUUAUAAUAGGCAUAAACAAGAAUCUAAUGAAAAUUAUCAUGUAAAUAAUAAUUAUAGAGUUAAAAAUAUUAAACCUCAACAUUUUGUUUACAAAUAUAACAAUAGAAUAAGAAAUAAACAGCAAUAUAAUAAAAAUAAUCAUCAACAUCGUCCUCGUCAUCGUCAACAUCAUCAUCAGAAGAAGAAGAAGAAGAGGAACUGGAAGGAGAAGAAGAACUACUACAAUAAUAAUCAUAAUAAUGAUAAUAACAACAACAACAACCGAAGGCGUCAUAAUUUAAAGAAUAAUUUCAAAAAAAUUAAUCAUUACAGUCGUUACGGGGAUCGAAACAAUCAUAACAGUCAUCGUACUUACAAGUACAACCAUAAUAAUAAUAAUAAUAAUCGGAAUGAUUUCAAUGACUAUUCUAACUACCAUUACAACAAUGAUCACCAUAAACGUCAUCGGAGUCACAGUGUCAAGUAUAGUUUUAAUAACAAUAAUAAUUAUUAUGAUAACAAUAAUCAUAAUCAUAACUAUAAUAAUAAUAAUAAUAAUUAUAAUGAUAAUAAUCAUAAUUAUAAUUAUAAUAAUGAUAAUCAUCAUCAUCAUAAUAAUCAUAAUAAUAAUCAUAAUCAUAACUAUAAUAAUAAUAAUGGUAAUAAUAAUAAUGAUAAUUAUAAUUAUAAUAUUCAUAAUAAUCAUAAUCAUAACUAUAACAAUAAUAAUAAUAAUGGUAAUAAUAAUAACAACUAUAAUCAUGAUAAUGAUAAUUAUAAUAAUCAUAAUUACAAUAGUAAUAAUCAUAAUAAUAAUCGUAAUCCUAAUAAAAAUGAUUACAAUAGAUACGAUAAUCAUAGAACCAAUCAAUAUUAUAGUCCUGAAAGUAAUAGACAUGAUUACACUAAUCCUAGAUAUCAUCAUAAUGAAAAUUAUGAAACUAACGAUGAAAACAAUAAUAAUAAUAAUAAUAAUAAGACCAAUUACUUGGAGUUUAUUUAUAAGAACAAAAUUUUCUUUAGUCAAAAUGACUUAAAAUUUGUAAUUGAAUAUUAUAUACAUAUAUAUAUGGUUAUCAUAUAGUUCUAACAUCUGAAAUACAAGUAUAAACUAACUUGAUAAUGUGAAUAUUUUUCUUUGAAUUAAU